CAGUUUCCCCUUUCAUAGGGAUAAUAUGUCCAAACAGGCUUAGGAAUUUAAUAUGGUAAUUUAAGCAAAAAUAAGCUAAAGCUAAAUAGGAUGCAUGAACUGCAAAAUAUAUGCAGAAAUUCUGAUUUUUCUGUAGUUCAAACCAAGGGUUUCAACAAGUACUGCUGCUAGAACUAGAAGGUCGAGUUACCGUCCGCGGUUGUUGCUCCUUUCUCCACCAGAAGCUUUAUUAUGGAACCAGAGCUGGUUUCUACAGAAGAAGUGGUGAAUGCAUUGCUGGAAUACUUAGUUGGUCCUCGGUUGCCUUUGAAAUCGUCUGCCGUUAAGGAACCUCCCACUCUUUCUCAGCAGCAGUCUGUUGCCAAACAGUUGCAUGCUGUUGUGAUUCUUUACAACUACUACCAGAGGAAGGAAGAUCCGCAGGCACAGCAUUUAGAUUUUGAAUCAUUUUGCAAGUUGGCCAUGACUCUGAAACCGGCUUUGAUGUCAUAUAUGAAGUUCAUGAACCAAUCAGAUCUAACUUCCUCCAAGGACAUGAACAAUGAUCUCUCGGUGACUGAAAAAGCAAUCCAAGAUGCUUGCAACAUAUCUUGCGCUUUGGAUGCCUCAAAAGAUGUUCCAGCUAUAAACAAAUGGCUAAUUUCCAAAGUUUCUGUCUUAUUGGUAGACUCUAAGAAAGAAACUUGUUAUCUGUUUUAUUCUCUCGUCACUGACGGGGUCUGGUCUCUCAUAGAGAAAUGUCUUGAGCUUCCCACUGCUGAAAUAGAAGGUAUGGUGGAGGGCAUAAAGAGGCAGACCAGUAUGAGACCAGUGACAGUAGAGCAAAAAGAUGAUGACUCUGGCUUUCAGCAACUUGCAUUUUUGGCUGUAGAGGAUGCAACUGGUAUUUCUAAGACUGACCUUGUGACUUUGGAGAAGCAUGUGGUAUAUUCACUCACAAAAGAAAAGACAGCAUCUUACUUUUACAUUAUGCAAAGUACCCGAUCAACCGAUCAAGACAUGCUAGUUUCUGUUAAGGAGAUUAUUGAGAGCUUACAGGGUCCAUUGGUGAAAAGGAGUUCUGGUAGUUGGUCUGCUACAGAAGUAGUUGAGUACUAUCAUCUGCUUCCCUAUGCCAAUAUCAUAGCAACCUUUUUCCUGAGGGAAGUUUCUAGUUUGGAGGGCUCAAAUACCAGAAUCCAUGAGGAUAUAACAGGCAAUUGUAAAAAAAAAAUUUCUGAGAGCAGAAUCUCAUUGGUUGAUCAAAACUCGGGCAAUGUAAGCAUCAUGACUGCUAUAGGUUCAGAAAGCGCUUGCAGUAAUGUGGCCAAUGAUGUGUAUGACAGAACGGUCAACCCUACAGACGCUUUUGGUGCAGAAGUUGUUGCCGACGGUGCGUGUGAAAGGAAAACAGGGGACGAGAAAGAUUCUGGGAAGGAAAAUGGUGUGCAUCAUCACCACAAAACAGUGAGGACCCAUGGGAGAUUUAGUGGUAAAGCCAAAAAGACAAGUGGUUGUAAUGGAAACCAGGGCGUUGAGGAGAAGGUUAAAAAGAUUGAAGGAAAGACGCCUGAUGAAAGUUAUGAAGCUUUAAUUGGAACCAAGUCAGAUAGUAUAAACCUUGAAAUUUCAGAGGCAAAACACGGUGAUGGUUGCCAUGAAAAAGUUGGCCAUUCUGCUGUUGGUCAAGAAGCAACUGCGAUAGGUGGCCCCCAUAAUAUAUGGAAAAGUGAAGAAGCAGGAAGCGAUUGUUCAAUUAAAAAUACAGGAAUUGUAGAUCUCAGUGGUAAUAAGCUAACUGGUGUCAACUUGAAAUGUUUAAAUGAUACAAGUAGAAAGGUACAACAUGAAAAUAGCAGAGAUUAUGAGGAUUCAACUGUAAAAGAACUGCAUGCUAUCAUCAACCACCCAAGGACACCAGAAGAGAAAACUGAGGAGCUGGUGAAGUCCACCAAAGGCUGUGAAAUCAAUGAUUAUAAUGGUAUGGAGUUAGCUGGUGCUCAUCUUAAAACUUUGGAGGUGAAAAUUAAUGAUGGCUAUCACUUUUCUAGUUCUCCUACUAGGCCUCAGAGGAUGGAAAUUGAUGCAUGUAUUCCCUUCUCCAAAAAUGGAAAUAAUAGCAAGGAUGAGCUCAUCAAAAAAGUUCAUCAGCAGAAAAAGAGGACGAGGGAGAGUGGUGGAGAAAUCAUUGGAAGUGGUAUAGUUCGCAAGGCAGAAAGAGCUGAUGAGGUGAAGGCUGAUAAAGAAGACCUUUCCACUAUCUCACCCAAUCGAAAUGGGAUUUCUGUGGCACAUGCUCGAUUUGUUCCUUGCAAGCAUGAAUCUACAGAUAUAAGCGAUCUACAAACUGUUUUGGCUUCAAAAGAGGAGGCUUUGACAAAAAGUUCCCUUGAAGUUCUUUUUCAAAAACGACAGAAGUUGUGUGAUCAACAACUUAAACUUGGAAAUGAAAUUGCUUCAUGUGAUAAAAGUAUUGAGAGAAUCUUAGAUGGUGGCAAAGAUAGUUUGGCUCUAAAAAUAGAUACGGUACUGGCCUUCUGUGAUGAAAUGUGCUUGAAGGACAGAGCUUCUAUCCAAGAAGACGGCAAUCCACAUCACAAAGAGUUUGGCUUGAUUCAACCAAUGAGCGGAAGGAGAUUGUCCAAAGCUGUACACACUCCAUGAUGUGCAUGCCAGGUGGAUUUCAUGCUGGAGUUACUGUAAAUAGGGUUGGAUUUGUACAUUCUUGCGAGAGUGAUCUGCAUUCCAGCCCCCUCUGAAGCACAGGAGUCAUCUGCAUUUCAAAUGAUUACCCAAUUACAGACUAUGGCAGACCACACCCAUUACAUUUAAUGAUGGCAAAGAAACAGCAACACCAAUAUUUUUGAAUCCUAUUAAUGGCUACCAUACCAUAGUACUGUAUUAGUUUCAUUACUUUCCAGAAGCAACUGUUAUAUGUGCCUUUGAGCUGAAAUUUGUUGUCUUAGAAUAUUAGUUGGUUGCAACCGUAUCAGUGCUUUGAACAUUUAUCAAGGCCAAAUACUUAACGGUGCCUUGAAAUCAACUCUAGUUUAUUGAAAUGAUGUCUAUUCAGCACCUAUCUGUGUUGCCAGUAAUGCUCAUGCUUAACUUAGCAUUCUGGUUAACAAGUUUUAUGCUGGAUGUUCACAUCGAAAAUGGAGUUUUCGUGUUGCUUAGAA